AUGUCCUCGUCCACGCCAAACGCCGCGCUCGGCGGCACCACGCCCGCCACAAAGAGGCCGCACGAGUCGGAGCCGGAGUCGGACCGGCAGCCCAGCAAGGUUGCACGCACUGGCGCUGGCGGCCUUGACGGUGGCGUGUCUGACAUCACCGAGGUCGUCGUCGAGGAGUCCGCCACCAAGUCCACCGCUGCCGAGGAGUCCACCAAGUCCGCCGCCGCCGAGUCUGCCACCGAGGAGGCUGCCACCGAGGAGGCGACCACCGAGGAGGCGACCACCGAGACGCAACUUGCCAGGCUCGAGUCUGCCGCUGUCACCCUCAAUGCCCGCGGCGCGGACGCUCUCGACUCUGGUACAGCCGAGCGGCUGCGGGGAAUUGCGAUGUCUCUCUGGAAGCUGAAUGACACCUUCAAGCAGCGGGAGGCGGCGAGGAAGGAGGCUGCGGCUGCAGGUCCCACCGACGACACCUUUUCGGGGCCUGAGGGUUGUCCCCGCGUCCGGCUCGAGCUCGACAUCGUGGAGCAGAUCAUGCUUCAGCUCUCUCCCAAGGACAUGGCCGUCGCCGCACGCGUCAACCGGCACUUUCUGCAGGCCGUCGAGCGCGCGAUUCCUGCGCGGCUGCGGCCCCCGCCGCCCCCGCCGAAGCCCGGCAAGCCGCAGCUGCCCAACGACCCGCGGCGGCUCAACCUCGGCCUCGCGGUCGAUGCCGACGAGAAGGUGACGACGGGGCUGCUCGCGCGGCUGGAGCAGCAGGUGAAGCAGGUGCGGGAGGCGGGUGAGGUGCCAUCCCUACUCGAGCGGUCCGAGGUCGACGACCUCCGCACGCUGGCGUCGUUUCACCACUCGGUGCUGCACAGUUUGCUCGACGACGAGAGGCUGCUGCAGCUGCUGAAGGUGGACGACCUCUCUGGAGCGGUGGCCUGGCGCAUCGUGGUCAACGGGAAGCCAACACCUGCGUGGGUCCAGCGGAACAAGUCGGCAGUGGAGGCAGCAUUGCGUGCAAGCGGCCCCAAUUCGACGACGAUCCAAACCUACCUGUGCCUGUUGUUCCACAAGAUGCCCACCUCUGUGGCCGAGGAGCACGUCGAGGACAUCGGCGCGCUUCUUGCGCGGAUCGCUGAGACAGCGUUGGGCUCCGGUUCGCCGCUCCAGAUCGAACAGCUGCUGGACCUCCUCGCAAGGCUGUCCACGCCAGCCCUCGCGCGCAUCCGCGCCAAGAUCGACGAGUGCUGGAGCGCAUGUCAGGCAAACCACGCCUUCAACCACCUCGCGGUCGCGCCCAAGGUGCGGGCCCUCCUCGCGCAGGCCAACGGCACGUCCAUCUGA